AUGUCGUCGACCCCCAAGAAGACCGGAGGCAAGGCCCCCGCCAAGAAGCCCGCCGACACCGUCGAGGGUGCCGAGAAGAAGACCACGGGCGGCAAGAAGACCGCCGCCACCAAGAAGGUGGGCGUCAAGAAGACCGCCGGCGAGGGCAAGAAGGGCACCAAGGGCGGCAAGGGCUCGAAGAAGAACUAUCAGUCCUACUCGACCUUCAUCUACAAGGUGCUCAAGCAGGUGCACCCCGACACGGGCAUCUCGAACAAGGCCAUGGCCAUCAUGAACUCGUUCGUCAACGACAUCUUCGAGAGGAUCGCCCUCGAGGCCGGCCGCCUGGCUCGCUACAACAAGAGGAACACGAUCUCGUCCCGCGAGAUCCAGACUGCCGUGCGCCUUCUGCUUCCCGGUGAGCUCGCCAAGCACGCCGUGUCGGAGGGUACCAAGGCCGUGACCAAGUACCAGUCGAGCCUCGGUUCCACCGCCGCCUCGCAGGACGAGUAA